AUGGGUGUCAAAAGCACAGCUGCUGGCGCCAAGAGGAAGGCUUCUGGGGGCCGUGCUGGUCCUGCGGCUUCGCCCAAGAAGGCUCGGAUCCAAGAGGAUCGUAUGGACCUCGACUCCAACUCCGAUUCCGAUUCCGUGAGCGACAGCGAUAGCGACAUGGAGUCUUCUUCCGAUUCCGAAGAUGGCGGCGUCAAGUUGAACAGCACAGGGCCAAAGUUUGGGGGCCAGAAAGCGAAUGGAAAACCUGCGUACAAAACCCCUACUAUGUUAAAGAACGCGGAGAAGAAGAAAGAAGAUGCCAAAACCUCCCGAGAGAUCCACGCCGAGCAGAGGCAGCUCAUGAAAGAGCGCAAGGCCGCGAAGCCCCUCGCCGACGAGCUCCAACGAACCAAGAAAAUUUGGGAGCGCCUACGACGAAAGUCACACGUGCCCGCCGAGGAGCGCAAGAAGUUGAUUGAGGAGCUAUAUACCAUCAUCACCGGUCGUAUGAAGGAUUUCGUCCUGAAGCACGACGCCGUGAGAGCUGUACAGACUGCCGUCAAGUACGCUACCGUGGAGCAGAAGAAGAUGAUUGCCAAGGAACUCCGGGGCGCCUAUUCUCAGCUCGCCGAGAGCAGGUAUGCCAAGUUUUUGAUUGGAAAGCUGAUGGUCCAGAGCGAUGCCGAGGUCAAGGACAUGAUCAUCUCGGAGUUUUAUGGCAGGGUUCGCAGGCUCAUCAACCACCCCGAGGCAUCGUGGAUUCUCGACGACAUCUACCGCGUCGCGGCUACGAAAGACCAGAAGGCAAUGCUUCUCAGGGAGUGGUACGGCCCCGAAUUUGCUCUUCUGCAAACCUCCAGCACCUCUCCCACCGGCGACCUCGCCAAGAUUCUCGAGGAACAGCCCGCGAAACGCGGACCAAUUAUGAAGUAUCUCUGGGAUAUGAUCAACUCGUUGGUGCAAAAGAAGAUGACUGGAUUCACGAUGCUCCACGAUGCCAUGUAUCAAUAUUUCCGAAACGUCACCGUCGGUUCCGAAGAGUACAACGAGUUCUUCGAGAUGGUCAAGGGAGACGAAGAAGGAGAUCUUCUGAAGAACAUGGCCUUCACCCGAUGCGGCGCGCAUCUCGUGAGCCUCAUGCUUGCCAACGGCACGGCCAAGGACAGGAAGCAGCUUCUCAAGACGUACAAGGACACCAUUUCGAUGAUGUCGGGCGACCCGUACGCCCACAUUGUCAUCCUCACCGCGUACGACGUCAUCGACGAUACAAAGAUGACUGCCAAGGCUAUCUUCCCCGAGCUCUUUGGCGAAUCUGACGAACAGGCUGCCGAGAGUCUGAUGGCCGCGUCAAGCAACCCCAACGCGAGGGCUACAACUCUCUAUCUACUCGAAGGAGCUUCAAAAUCCGUCUUUCCCGGUACUCUCCAAGAUGAUCUCGAGAUUCUCAAUGAAGUUCACGAGAUUCGCAAGACUACGAGUAAGAAGGACGGCGAUAUGCGAACAAAGGAACUGGUCGUUGCCAUGUCGCCACAGCUUUUGAAGGGAGUCGCUCUGGCGGCUCCGACGUUGGUGCAUGACUCUUUCGGGUGCCAGCUCAUGGCGGAGAUCAUGUUCUCCGCCGUCGGAGACAAGACGGCAGCGUUGGAGGCUAUUGCCGCGAAUGCCGCUGGCAACCCUGGUGAAGCCAACGCCAGUAUCGACGAUACCGCUAGCGAGCUGCAGCCGCACAUUUCCCGGACACCUCAUGGCGGCCGGUUACUGAAGUCGCUGAUUGCGGGCGGCAAGUACGACAAGGCGUCGGGUACGGUCAAGAAGGUGGAUCCUCCGCUGAACUUCGCCAACGUCUUGUAUCCGCUCAUCAAGGAUCACAUCGUGAGCUGGGCGACGGGUCCCAGCUCCUUUGUCGUCGUCAACAUGUUGGAGGCGGAGGACUUUGAGGAGAAGAAGGAGCUCAAAUCUACGUUGAAGAAGAAUACUUCCGCCCUCGAGAAGGCGGCGGCUGGAAGCGAGGAGCCCAAGAAGAAGAAGGCGGAUAAGAAGGACAAGGGCGCUGGGAACAAGAAGAAGGGGCCGGCGGCGCCACCGAAGUCGGGUGGAAACCAGGGUAGCAAGCUGCUUCUCGAAAAGUUGCGGUAG